AUGACCGCCACAACAGAGCAGCAGCCGAACAAGCCGCAGGCUUCCGUCCCCGGCCUCCCCGGCUUCCAACGCCUCAACCACAAAACCUACCUCCACGACCCCGCCACCGCCUCGCCCACGCCGCCCGCCACGGCCGCCCGCACGCCCAACAGCACGGGCACGCCCUCGCUCAUCCUCGUGUGCUCGUGGAUGGACGCGCAGCCCAAGCACGUGGCCAAAUACACGACCUACUACCGCACCCUGUACCCGGCCUCGCCCAUCCUGCUCGUCACGUCCGCCACGGCCGACUUCUUCUUCAACCCCGCGUCCCGGCAGAAGCGCGAGCUGGCCCCCGCCCUCGCCGCCAUCUGCUCCUACGUCCCCACGAGCAGCACCAGCACCGACGACGACCGCUCCGACCGCUCCGGCGGCGGCGGCCUCCUCGUGCACGCCCUCUCCAACGGCGGGUGCGGCCACCUCGCCAUGCUCUGCACGCAGUACCGCUCCCUAACCGGCCACGCCCUCCCCGCGCGCAGCGUCAUCUACGACUCCGCGCCGGGGCGGUCGCGCUUCGCGCAAGGGCUAGCCGCCAUGUCGCUCGCGCUCCCCUCCUUCCCGCUGGCGCGCUGGCCGCUGCAGGCGCUGAUCGCGGUGCUGCUGGUGGUGUUUUUCCACCUGCCGCCGCUGUUGGGGGUGCAGACGGUGUCGAUGGCGAUGCGGGAGCGGCUGAAUGAUGGGGUGUAUUUGAGAGCCGAGGCGCCGCGGCUGUAUGUUUAUUCGUCGGCGGAUGCGGUCAUUUUGGCGCCGGAUGUGGAGGAGCAUGCGGCCGAGGCGGAGGGGAAGGGGUGGGUGGUGGAGAGGGCGGUGUUUGAGGGGAGUGCGCAUGUGGGGCAUAUGCGGUUGGAGCCGGAGAGGUAUUGGGAGUUGGUGGCGACGGCGUGGGAGAGGAGGGCGUGA